AUGACUAUGAGCAUUGAAGACAACGUCGACCUGACCAUCUGUAUGACCCGUAUGACCCGUAUGACCCGUGAGCGAACAGCCUUCGAUCUGAAGUUGCUGCAAACCACUCUGAAGUAUUUUUGCCACCAUCAUGGGUCAAGACAAGAAGCAUCCACACUGGUGCAAGAAGCUUACCAAGAAUUCAAAUCACUAGUCCCCGAAUACCACGAAGCCAGUUUUCAAUCCCAAGGCUACUCCACCCCAUAUCCGAAACCGCGAAAGAAUAUUACACCUCCGCACAACAAGGACAUAUUUUGA